GGCAACGGACAGUGGUGUGUGUGUGUGUGUGUGUGCUGAGGCCGUCGGCAGAACAGUGAAAGGAGGCCCCCGCUAGUUCCCAAGAGGCGACAGCCAGCCCGCUGCAAGUCUCUCCUGCGCCUCCAGAAGGCAAGAAAACCGGCUUCGGCAAAAGAUCUGCCACAGGACGGAGCUGCCGACACACUCACACACACGCACGCACACGCACGCGGCGGCCAAGAGUGAGGCGCGUGCCGGCAGCCAGAGAGCUUCAGUGUCUGCACGGAGUUUGACCCAGUUGGUCGGAGACCGAGCACGUCCGUCCGUCCGUCCAGUCGCAUCUUCCUCGGACCUCGGCGCCCACGAGCAUCAUCCGCCGCCCUAGGCCUAACUUUCAACGAGACGCUCCCUUGAAUCCGUCUCGACAAGGUCCGUGUCACCACCUCGGACGAUCCCAACAUGGCCGUCACGCUAGCAGGAACCACAGGGCUCCUGGUCGUGGCCUCCCUACUGGUCACCGUGCUGGGUAACCAAGUCGACGAGGAGCGCGCCUCCCGGAUCCGGAGACAGACCAUCAACGUGCACCAGAUCCCCAAAACGUCCUUCAGCUGCCUGGACAAGUCGGCCGGCGAGUACUACGCCGACCCCGAAACCGGCUGCCAGGUCUACCACAUCUGCGUGCCAGGACACUACGGCAAGCUGUCCAAGAUGUCUUUCGCCUGCCCCAACGGCACCAUCUUCAGUCAGUCCUCCCGAGUGUGCACGCCCAGCGACCGCGUCUACUGCGCCCUCGCCGAGCGCUUCUACGAAAACGUCAUGGGCACCAUUGACACCGACAAGGACUACUACGACAGCUUCCGAGUGGACGCGCCCGUCUUCAACGCCAUCACGCCCGCCCAUGAGCGUCCCGAGAAGCGGCGACGUCCCGUCCGACCCGUAGAGACCGACUACGAUGAGUACGACACGACCACGGCACCUCCGGCUCCAUCGCCGACCCCCAGGAGACGCACGCAGCAGACCUCCAACUCCAGGCGCUUCCAGUCCUCGUCUAGAGGAGCCAGGCCGCAAGCGCCUUCCAGGAUUCCCGCCACGACGACCACAUCGACGACUACGACCACCCAGCGGCCACCGGCCCCCGCCUUCAGGCCACCUGCAUUCAGGAGCCCCAUCGCCCGAGGACCGCAAGCGUUCACCCCGCCAGCCGCCCAGCCGACCACCCCACCCGUAGCCCUCCAGCCCGUCAACGCCUUCUCUGCGGCACCACCGCAACCAGCAGUGCUUCCAGCCGUCCUUCCAGCCGCGGUGCCCGCCAACCCAGUGUCCGGAGGCGGAACCCCACCCGUCGGACCCCCACCGCUCCCACUCAACGCUCUCGCCGCCACUGGGGCUCAGCCAGCGCCAGCCGCGACACCAAACGCUCCUGGUACUUUCCGCCUGCCCCAGCGACCCCAACUCCGACGACCGGGCGUCCCGACUACGACCACGGUAGCGCCGGUCACGUCCGAGUACGAGUACUACGACUACGAGGAGGAGCAGCCCAAGUCGACCAGGACAAGGAGGGCCAUUCCAGUGAAGGUGGUGCUUCCACCUGGAAGACAGGACGGACUUCCCCAGACGAGCUUCACCUGCCAAGACAAGCUCGCCGGUGGCGUGUACGCCGACCAAGAGACGGACUGUCAGCUGUUCCACAUCUGCGUACCGAUCGGCAAGGGCAAGCUGCUUGACUACGGCCUGCUCUGCGAGGAAGGCACUGCCUUCAACCAGGAGACCGGAACGUGUGACGAGAGGGACACCUUCUCGUGCCUCCGAAACGUCCACUUCGCCAAGACCGACAAGACCAAGGCCUACUUGGCGAACAAGAAGCCCUGGGCAACCGCUAAAUCGAACAAGAGGGUCAUCAGGGACGUUCAGGCAAAGCAAGAAAGCUCCACGGAAGAGGCUCAAGAACCAGAAGAGUUUGUCGUUGAGGAAGUCCCCGUCGAACUGCCCCUAACUUCCUUUACGUGCCAAGGAAAGACCGUUGGCGGUUACUACGCUGACGUCGAGACCGGGUGCCGCAUGUUCCACAUCUGUGCGCAAACGGACAUGCGUUUCCUCUGCACGAACGGAACCGUUUUCGACCAGAGGUCGCUCGUAUGCAAGAACGAGGACCAAGUGUCUUGCGAGGAUGCUCCCAAGUACUACGUGAGCGGCUACAACCAGUUCCUCGAGCUGGAGAAGUACAGGCCCCAGGAAGAGGCCAGAGAACAGAGCAGGGCCGACUCCUUUGAGAGCACCAAGACGAAGAGCAAGUACCCCAAGAAGGUGGGAGACUUCUACAAGACCCGAAGGGUUCUCUGAGAGAAAGAGCUACAUCGUUUUUUUUUUGUUUUUUUUUUUUUCCUCUUAGGAAUGAUGACGCCAUCAUCCGGGUAUACAUCUCGCAGAGCCUGAUGUCUAAGGCAGGUCAGAUUUCUUACAAUGUCAGCCAUCAUCAGCAGCUUUGACUAGUGUGUCAUCAUGAAGGUUGUCAAGGCCUUCGCAGCUCCACUUGAGCAGUCUCGGCCUGGAGAGGGUGGGUGGGAGGUGGGAUAAGGGCUUCAUAAAUGCACGCUGUGUGCGUAACAUAUUGUUUCACUCUUUAGUUGAUCUUCUUUGGUGUCUGUUGAUUCUUGUGGCGAGGGGGAACAAAUGCAAGAGGGAAAGACACAAGCUUGGUCACAAUGUUUAUGCAGCCCAAGGACAAACUGCUGUGUCAUGUUUUUUCUAAAAUAAAAAAAAGACCAGUCAAUCUUU